UCCUCUUGGGUCGUUUCUUCUAUCUAGCUAGUUUUCUAACUAAUAAUGACUUCUGGCAUAAAACUAUGUUUAGUGUGUAUAUAUAUAGACACACAAAGCUGCUCCAUAAAGUCAAAGCCAAAAAAUUAAUUGUAGGCUAUGAAGGUCCUCCGCAGGCUCACUCUAUCAGUAGUAUGCCUUAUAAUAAUUGUUUUAAUUGUGCCAUCUUUAGAAGAUGCCCAAUACCAAUACCAAAUCAGUUCGUGUCUCACACAACAUAACAUCAACAACUUCACCACAUUACAUAGCAGCAACAGCAGUAGUACAAUAUGGCCCAAUGAAUCUUACUAUUACAAGGUGCUCAACUUUUCUAUACAAAAUCUUCGUUUUGCUGAUCCCAAAGUUCCCAAACCCUUUGCUAUCAUACUGCCUCAGAAUGCGGAGCAAAUAAAAAGCGCUGUGUUAUGUGCUAGGAAUGCCUCCUGCAAAAUCACAAUCAGGUCAGGGGGACACAGCUAUGAGGGAACUUCCUCCACCAUAGACACUGCCACCACCACUGCUUCCCCCUUUGUUAUUAUUGACCUCAUGAAUCUCAACCGAGUAACAGUCGAUUUGGAGGCCAAGACAGCCUGGGUGGAAGGAGGUGCAACGCUGGGUGAGACCUACUAUGCUAUUGCUAAUGCCACUACAGGCCAUGAGUACUAUGGUUUCUCAGCUGGAUCGUGUCCGACUGUGGGAGUAGGUGGUCAUAUUUCGGGAGGUGGCUUCGGGUUACUGUCUCGCAAAUAUGGAGUUGCAGCUGAUAAUGUGUUGGAUGCUCUGCUUGUCGAUGCUAAUGGACAGUUGCUAGAUCGAGAGAGCAUGGGAGAGGAUGUGUUCUGGGCCAUUAGAGGAGGAGGUGGUGGUGUUUGGGGGAUAGUUUAUGCUUGGAAAAUCCAUUUGUUGAAAGUCCCGCCCACAGUCACAGCCUUCGUCGUGUCUAGACCAGGCACAAUAACCCACAUAGCAAACCUGGUAGCCAAGUGGCAAGUUGUCGCUCCCAACUUAGGAGAUGACUUUUACCUGUCCUGUUUUGUUGGUGCAGGGUUGCCCGAAACCACAACCAUAGGAAUGUCAGCUACAUUUAAAGGCUUUUAUCUAGGACCUAAGAGUCAUGCCCACUCCGUCAUCCAUCGGGUGUUCCCCGAGCUGGGUGUUGUAGAACAAGAUUGCUUUGAAAUGAGUUGGAUUCAAUCCAUUGUGUUCUUCUCCGGCCUACCCCCUGGAAGCUCGGUCUACCAAUUGCAAAACCGUUACUUGCAAAACAAGGCAUGUUUUAAAGCCAAAUCAGACUACGUGCGGACCCCAAUUCCUUAUGAAGGCAUAAGGGCUGCCUUGAACCUACUUGAGAAGGAGCCCAAAGGCUAUGUGAUCUUAGAUCCUUACGGCGGGAACAUGGAUCGCAUAAGCACUGAAUCUAUUGCUUUCCCACAUAGGAAAGGCAACCUGUAUGCAAUUCAGUACAUGGUGGAAUGGAAGCAACAAGAGAAUGACAAAAUAGAAGACUACAUAAAUUGGAUAAAAACAUUCUAUAGUGCAAUGGCUCCGUACGUUUCGUGGGGUCCCAGAGCCGCUUAUAUCAACUAUAUGGAUUUUGACCUUGGCGUGAUGGUCACAACUGAUCUAUUGCUACUCAAUAAUGAUGCUGUCGAGAUUGCCAGGGUUUGGGGCGAAAAGUACUUUCUGAAUAACUUUGAUAGGUUGGUUCGAGCCAAAACACUGAUAGAUCCUCAUAAUGUUUUCGCCAAUCAACAAGGUAUUCCUCCAACUUCUAAUUUGUUCAGUCUCAGACUCAGUGCAUAGAAACCACAGAAAUGUAGUUGUGAUUUGCGAGGGAUCUCGUACGUGAAAGAAAAAGGUUGUAUGCCAAUGUUAUUACCGGCAUAGAAUUACUUAACUGUGAAUUGUAAUGGAGAAUGAAAUGACCGUUCCCUAAGUCUCAGGCUCUUGGAGUAGCUGGCAGCCCGGCAGCAUUCAAAUUAGACAACAUUGAAUCGAUGCAUGGAUUAAGUGUUUGUGUACUUGUAAUCGGUGCAGGCGUGAUUUUUUUUUUUUUUUGUCUAAAUUGUAUUUCUACAAGUGUUACAGAAGAUGCUAUCACUUUUCAGCUUUAUUUUUUUAUUUUUUUAUUUUUAGGGUACUUUUCAGCUUUAUUUAACAAUUGAUUAUAUUAUAUUGGCAGGAAAAAGGUAUGUUUAUCUUUGCAAAAAAAAAAAGUUACCUUUGUAUACCAAUCUUUAGAACUAGACAAAAUUGGCCAUAUGAAAUGCUUGUGUAAACUGGUGCCCCUUCAUUUGUUAUUAAUUAAAUAA